UUUGCAGAUAUCAUGGUGUGGGAAAAGGUCGCAAACUGUUUGCUGAGAUCCUUCUUAAAAUGUCAGAUUUAGCUGUACUCAGUGAACAACAUGCCCAUAAUGCCAGAACACUGAAAGUGGACAGUCCUGACUUGGAGGUACCACAGUUAUUUGCUGAAAUUUAUGAUAUACAAGAGCAGCGAAAUGAGUGCUGCGAUGACGUGUUACUGAAGUGCAAGGGAGUUACACUAAACACCUCUUUUGACAAGCUACCUGUUGAGCUUAAAGAGUACCUACGUCAAAAACAUGAAAGAGCAAAGAAAUCCAACUCAGUGAAAAAAGAGAUGAGACACCUAAAACACUGUCUAUCUUACUCUCCUGACUUCUCCCCUCCCAAAACGUGAUGACUUGUGUCUUCAUACGCUGCCAUGGGUGUACAAUAUUGAUUAUUGG